AUGGAUUCAUUGAAGCUCCCAACCACAGCAGCCAGGGCCAAGGCCUUCACCGCACAAGGCUCAUUAGCCUUCCCAAUGGUACCAACAGACAUGGUCAAAGAUGAACAACAUGACACAGAUAAAUAUGACAUUCUUAAGAAAGAGCCGGAAGAAAAGGUUUUAGACAUGGAGGACCAGAUCGCCGACGAUGCAGCAGCCUCUGGAAUAGUGCCUACGUUACAGAACAUCGUUGCCACAGUGAAUCUGGACUGUCGCUUAGAACUGAAGACUAUCGCGCUGCAUGCACGUAAUGCAGAGUACAACCCAAAGCGUUUUGCUGCCGUGAUUAUGCGUAUUAGAGAACCCAAGACAACAGCACUUAUUUUUGCGUCGGGCAAAAUGGUGGUCACGGGUGCCAAGUCCGAGGACGACUCGAAGCUUGCUGCUAGAAAAUACGCACGUAUCAUCCAGAAGCUCGGAUUCAACGCCAAAUUCACAGAUUUCAAGAUCCAGAAUAUUGUUGGAUCGUGUGACGUCAAGUUCCCAAUCAGACUUGAAGGACUCGCUUACGCGCACGGAACUUUCAGUUCGUAUGAGCCGGAAUUAUUCCCUGGUCUCAUUUAUAGAAUGGUGAAGCCUAAGAUCGUGCUACUGAUUUUCGUUUCUGGAAAAAUUGUUCUUACCGGUGCCAAACAAAGAGAAGAGAUCUAUAAGGCGUUCGAGGCCAUCUAUCCGGUGCUGAGCGAGUUCCGCAAGAGCUAG